AAAAGAUAUGCAACGUUUGUGACAUAAGUAAAUUGGGUAUAUUUGUAAUUUCACUAUGCCUUCAACUCCUGUAUUUCAGCGAGUUUACAGACAAGAAGCUCCGAUGAACACACUUAACUUCCGGUCAAAGAUCUGUUGUUCAUUAUGUAAGUCACACCCUCCCUUUUCUUUAUUUUAUCUUCUCUUAAUAAGUUUAUGCUUAUACUACUCAAAAAUCUUUACUUUCUCUAAUUUUCCCCACAAAUUCUGGAGUAUAUCGGUAUAAUUCAUCAAAAAUUUGAUCCUGUUUCUAUGAUUUAACUCAAAAUUUAUGGUAGAUUAAAGCCUGAAAACCAUGAAAUCUAGAUCAAAGAAACACGAUUGUUAUGAUAAAGAAGGAAAUUACAAAGAUAGAUUAAGUGAAUUACCAGAUGAAAUUCUUGUUAAUAUACUUUCAUUUUUACCAAUUAGAUGUGCUGUUAGAACUGUCCUACUUCGCAGAUUUGGAAAACUGUGGACUUUGCUUCGCACUCUUAAGUUUAGUUACAGUGAAGAGGAGAGAUUUAUAUCUUAUGUUAUGAAAUAUCAUAAAAGUCCCACUAUUGAUAAGUUGGAGUUUUUUUGGAUUUAUGAACAUCCCAAGGAAGAAUUGAUGAAAUGGAUAAUACUUGGUUUAAGAAAAAAGACUAGGGUCUUGAGUAUUCAGGGUAACCCGGUUUCGACUAAUAUAUUCUUGCCACCUCGUGUUUUUCGAAGUCAAUGUCUUGUUUCUCUUGCACUUACUGGUUCCUUAAUCAAGCUCCCACGUCGAGUAUUCAUGGGAUCACUAAAGAAAUUGGAUAUUGCUCAUGUGAGUGUGAGUGAUGAGGAUUUCAAGGUUUUGGUAUCCGGAUGCCCUUGUUUGAGAGAAUUGAUUGUUUUGUUUCCACACGGAUUACAACAGCUGCAUUUUACUAGUCCAAGCAUUGAGAAGUUGGAGCUUGAUCUUUUGAUAGAUUUGGGAACCGCACUAGACCGACAUUACUCCCUCGAUUGCCCUAACCUAAAGAUCUUGCAUAUCGACGAAGUUUAUAUUGAUAAUUUACGAGUGAUUGAUGUUUCAUCUGUUCGUCAAGCCAUAAUUACAUAUUGUCACACUUCUGAAGAUGAACCUGAUCAAGACCAUUUUGAAAUAUUGCUUGACAAGUUUCGAAAUGCUCAUGUUUUCCGAUUGGGACCUAAUAAAGCUUAUAUGCAAUUAGAGCACUGUGGAAAUGGGAAAUUGGCUGUUGCAAGAAAUGAAUGGACUCAUUUAGCUCUGAGGUCAAGGGUCCGUGGAAGUUGUCUUCUAGGCAUUUGUAGAUUGUUGAGAAACUCGGAGUAUUUGAAUGAACUUAUAAUAUAUGCCAAUGUGGAUUUUUUCUGCGACUGCAAUAUGCUUCUGUCUGAGCUUUCAUCUCCUUGUGUAAUGCGACAACUUAGAAUUGUCACUAUUCGUGACUAUGUGAAGCCAUGCCAAGCUCUACUUCAGUUGAUAGAAUUCUUGCUUAAAAGUGCACUCGUCUUGGACAAAAUGGUUAUUGUCUGCAACAGGAAGGAUAAACUUUUGUCAAUGGAGGGACACGAAUUCAUUUUGCAGUUAUUAAGCUUUCCAAGGGUGUCAAGAAGCGCAAAAGUUGUCUUUGCUUGAAAAAUAUACUAAUAGUAAUUUGUAAACACAUAGUGCAUGUUUAGGACUUAGGAGUCGGGACCCGUGUUGUGAAUUCAGCAUUGCUGAUACAGAUUGUGUUGAUUUUAGUUUGCUAGAAAAAUGGUUUAAUGUAGUAUUGCUGGUCGCUCGGGAAGCGUCUUCAAUUUUUUUACAGGGGCCAAAGCUCGUAGUCAGCUUCCCUCUCGUGUAGUCGUCAGCCUCCACUGAUUCACAAGUAGUUGUCCCCUCUACCUAGGGCACCACCACGAACUAAAGUACUCAAACGAUCAAGAGACAGAUGACCAAGCCGACGAUGGGGAAAAAAGCGUGCCUUCAAAGUUUUGUGGCCAGGCCGCUCUGUACGUGCAAAUGUUCCUGGCUAAAUAUAUGUCAUAUGUGGUUUAGCUAUCCCCCUGUGUUUUUGAGACUCUACAUUGUAUCCCCACCUUUUCCAAAACUUACCUGUAUCUAUUUAUUGAUAAAUUCUGUUGAAUAA